AUGGAAAAGAUUCUAAUUUUGGCUGUUCUCGUUUUCGCUUCCUUUUCGCUCAAUGCGUUACCCAUUGAAGCGUUCCUAGUGACUGUACCCACGUCGCAAAGUUGUUCAAUAGGCUCUCAACUAUACAGCAAACCGCCGGAUUGGGACGAUGAUGAGGAGGAAGAUGAUGAUGUAGCCAUCAAGGACCAAGAUUGGAGAGCAUUCCGUGCGAAGCUAGUGAUGGGAGAGAAGAAACCUGAAUCCACCACUGACUCAUCCAAUACGGAAGAAUCGACACAGCCAAUAAUCGAUCAGGGAGAUUUAGAUGGCAUCGGGUCGCUCUUUGAGGAGGACUUUGCGGCGGAAGGUGUUGCAUCAGUUGCAAGUAAAGAACUUGAGUUGCCUGACGGAAUUACGCCAUUAGAUCCAUCUCAAUAUGCUUACGACUCUGGAGAUAUGAUUGAACAAGGUUCUGUCAUUCUUGGAGGUGUUGAGCAAGACUUUGGAUUUGGCUUGCGUCAGCAGUACUUCCACAAGUGUGUACUACUGCUUGUUGACCAUGAGGAGAGCACAUUUACAAAAGGAAUUAUUUUGAACCGGCCAACAGACAUGGUGCUGGAUGACGAUGUUAAUCCAGGCAAGAAGUGGCGUGUAUGGUUUGGAGGAGAUGUGCAAGGGCUUGAUGCAAAGAAACCCGAUAUUGUUUGCUUGCAUUCUCUCCAAAACCCAAAGGCAAUUUCUGCAAGUAUUCCUGUCAUGAAUGACAUUCAAUGGACUUCUUUCGAUAAUGCCAAGCGGUUGGUCCAAGCUGGUGUUGCCGAUGUUCGAGAUUUCUGGGUUUUUGUGGGAUAUGCUGGCUGGGGACCGGGUCAAUUGAAGGGAGAGCUGGAACGAAACUCCUGGUAUAUGGUUGCUACCGAUUCUCAGACACUCCUGAAGGAACUUGCAAGACAAGGAGAGGGCGCCGAGCCUCGAGAUGCUGGUUUAGACACCUGGGGUUUGCUAAUGAAUAUGAUUGGCAGAGGGGAGACCGCAAAGGAGAAGAGUGGAGGUUUUGACGAUUUGAUGCUCAAGGAAUGGGCGUACAAGAAUUUGCUAUCAUCGGUCUCUGGUGGUGGCGGAGGCGAACAACAGCGUAGUCCAGACAACUUCAAGAGUAAUCCAGAGGAAGUUGAUGACCUCAUGCGAGUUCUCGGCGCAAACAAAGGCUCAUCAGUAGGGUAUGAGGGUGCUCUACUUCGCGCAUCCCCUACCGAGCGAAGUCCAUUCCUUUUGAAGAACCAGGAAUUUCACAAAUCGAUUGUUCUUAUUUUGGUCGACGACGAGGCUGCAACCGUUGGCGUUGUUUUGAAUAGGCCUUCAACGAAAGGAUUAGACAUCAAGGUUUCGGACAAGAACACUGGGUCGGAAAGAGUUGUGCGAAUCCCAAUGCGUUAUGGAGGGCAGUAUGCCGUUAAAGGACAAGAGAAUCUGCUGUGGCUGCACUCUAGUCCGAGGCUGAAGUCUCUUGAAAUUGGAUCUCCGAUCGGAGAGGCGGAAGAUGCUAUCUGGAAAUGCACAGCCCAAGAUGUCAUGACUGCAAUUGGCGAAGGAGAUGCCAAAGCAGAGGACUUUAUUGUUGUUAGCGGGGUUUCUGUUUGGCUCAAGGACUUUCAGGCGAAAGGGAUUGAAGGAGAACUGAAUAGUGGCACUUUCAAAAAAGUACCAAAGACAGCACGAAAGAAUGUAUGGAACUCACUUCUACGGCUGCAAGAUGUCAUGACUCAGCAUAACUUUCACGACACAAUAUCACUAGCACAGGAUGCUUGGUCAUCUGCCGAUGCGACUCGAAAGGGAGGAGACAAGGAACCCAAAUCAUCUGACCAGCUACCGAUUGGUGGACUAGGAGAAGGCUUUGACGAGGAGGACGAGUCCUUUGUUUUCAAGAGCGACGUGAAGGUGGCAAAACUUGCUGACGAUGCACUCAAGAGUUGGGUUGCUACGUUUUUAUUAGGUGUGCCCAGUUUGGCGGAAGAGUAA